UGAAUAUUUCACAAACUAACUCGUCUCUUCACAACUUAUAUAAAAUCUUCCGAUUACCUCUCUUCUGAAAUCCUGCAUCUGGGAGAGACGAAAAUGAAAGUCGGAUCAUGAUGGAGUACAUGAUCAGAUUCACCCAAGUCCAUGAGACGUUCAGGGUGCCUGAAAUAAAAGCCCUCGCGGUGCUCAGAGGAAUUGACAUGGAAAUUCUCUCUUACAGUCCAAGUGUGAGUAAGACGUCACUUUCACGUCCUUGAUAUUCGACUCACACGUUGUAGUCACCAUUUUGUGUCGUGAAAUUACCCUCCGCAGAGGCUGCUGCACAACUCGUCAAGAGGAGCAUUCUAGUGAAAGCGGCUUAUGAGCUUUGGGGCAGUGGAUCCAGUUAUGAGGACCUUCAUGAUAAUGUUCGAGGUCACUCGGAGCAUCUCUGGCCACUUUAUAAGAAAAAUACAUUCAGAUUUAGUGUCGAUUCAUUUCAAGGGACUAGAUCCACUACGGAGCAGAAAAAGCUGAUUGAAGGCUUCCGAUUCUUAGGAUUCGAAGGGCCCAUCAGGAUGAAGGGUGCAGAGCAGGAGUUCUGCCUCUUGGAAGAAUGGCAAUUUAAUUGUGCUAAGCUUGGAGUAUACGAGCCUCAAUCUGUUCACCUUGGUCGAUUCAUCUGUGGAAGUGAUCGAGAUUCCAUCAACAAGUACGAUUUGAAGAAGAGAAAAUAUAUCUGUACCACAUCCAUGGAUGCGGAACUUGCUCUGAUCACAGCCAAUAUCACUCUGGCAGACACAGGGAAGCUUUUCUAUGAUCCCUUUGUCGGCUCGGGUAGUUUCCCGGUGGCAUGUGCACAUUUUGGUGCUUUGGCUUUCGGAAGUGAUAUCGAUGGGCGAAGCAUCAGAGGAAAGGGGAAGUCUAAACCCAAUUUACUAUCAAACUUUGUUCAAUAUGGCAUUACCGAUCAAUUUGGCGAUAGCUUCGUUGCUGAUCUGACCAAUACUCCCUUACGAAAAGCAAGGCUUUUCGAUGGGAUUGUAUGUGAUCCUCCUUAUGGUGUUCGUGAGGGCUUGAAGGUUCUGGGAAGUAGAGAUCCGACGAAAGGAAAAGAGCCAAUAAUCAGAGAUGGGAUAGCUCACCAUCAGUAAGUUGCCAGAUGUGGUCCGCUUUUACAUACUAAUCGUUAAAUAGAAUGGAUUCAUACGUACCUCCCAAAAAACCAUAUAGUUUUCUUGCUAUGCUUGAUGACAUAUUGGAAUUUGCUUCCGUGUCACUUGUUGAUAAUGGCCGAUUGUCAUUUUGGAUGCCCACAUCAAACGACGAAGAUCAAGAGAUAAAGGUCCCAGAGCAUCCAUGCCUCGAAAUUGUCAGCAUCUGCACCCAAGACUUUAAUAGAUGUAAGUUACUGCCCAUAUCUACACUCCAAAUUUCGAGCUAAUCUUCACAAGGGUCGAGGAAACUCAUUACCUACAGAAGAAUACCUGACUCAAAAGUUGUACAUACCGUUCGUGAGGAAAGGGUGAAAGAAAACGGAGUCAGUGCUGAUGACCUCAAUCCUUUCAGAAAGGGCUACUUCAAAGGAUUCAAGGCAGCAUUUAGAUGAAAUUGACAAAUCAGGACUUGUUGUCAAAAAUACCCGCCUGGAAUUUGAAAGACCUCAAGCGCUUGUGUGCUCUGA